AUGGUUGUGGCCCGAAGCCUGCGCUCACGCGGCGUGAUGAACGAGAACGAUGAGAAUGGGCCUGUGACGCGUAUGACACGGGCCAAGGCUGCACUCAGCACCGAGGGAGCUGCUGAUGCGGUCAAGAAGCCUCUUCAGACUAAGCGGGCCACAGCUACCAGUGGUACCCAGCGUCCUCGCGCUGCUCUAGGAGAUGUCAGCAACGUCAAUAAGGCUGAAGCAGCGGAAAUUAAGGGCGCCAAGAAGGCCGUCACCAGCAAAGCGGGUCUAACUUCCAAGGCAACCGUUCAGCCUGGAGGCAUUCAGAAGCCCAGCCGAGCCAAUUCUUCUCGAACUACUACUGCCUUGAAACCCCGCGAACCCAAUCAGAAGCUCCCCAACAAGCGUCCUAAAGUCGACGACACCAAGGCCGAGGAACAACCCCGCAAGAAGAUUGGGGUCGUGAAGGAGGAGAAGGUCAUUGUGAAGGAUGGGCCAGAGCUGAAGGAGGAUGAUGCGGUGGAGGUCAAGGCUGUGCUGAAGGAUGGCGGACUCGGUGAAGAUGUUGUUGAUCUCGACACCGAAGACCUUGACGACCCCUUGAUGGCCGCGGAGUACGUUGUGGAAAUCUUCGACUACCUGCGUGAUCUCGAGCAGACCACUCUCCCGAAUCCUCAGUACAUCGAGCAUCAGCCCGAUUUGGAGUGGAAGAUGCGUGGUAUCCUGGUCGACUGGCUGAUUGAGGUUCACACUCGCUUCCGCCUGCUGCCGGAAACCUUGUUCCUGGCGGUCAACAUCAUCGAUCGUUUCCUGUCCGUCGAGGUAGUGGCACUGGACCGCCUGCAGUUGGUAGGUGUCACUGCUAUGUUCAUCGCUUCCAAGUACGAGGAAGUUCUCUCGCCCCAUGUUGCCAACUUCAGCCAUGUUGCCGAUGAAACCUUCACCGACAAGGAGAUUCUGGAUGCCGAGCGUCACGUUCUGGCUACCCUCGAAUACAACAUGAGCUUCCCCAAUCCCAUGAACUUCCUGCGUCGCAUCUCCAAGGCGGAUAACUACGACAUUCAGACUCGUACUCUAGGCAAGUACCUGAUGGAGAUUAGUCUCCUUGAUCAUCGCUUCAUGAGCUAUCCUCAGAGCCACAUUGCGGCUGCAGCCAUGUACCUUGCACGUUUGAUUUUGGAGCGUGGUCCCUGGGAUGCUACCUUGGCCCACUAUGCCGGCUAUGAUGAGAAAGAGAUUGAUCCAGUCUUCCGCCUAAUGAUCGACUAUCUCCAUCGCCCUGUGUCCCACGAAGCCUUCUUCAAGAAGUACGCCAGCAAGAAGUUCUUGAAAGCUUCCAUUCUCACUCGUCAGUGGGCCAAGAAAUACCACAAGCUGUACAUUGAUAGCUCCGACUCGGAGCCCUACACUUUCAUCAAGGACGGCGAACAGUAG